CAUUUAAAUCGGCCGCUUCUCCCCGCUCCCUCACGAGUUCACAGCUGACAACACCCUAGCCACGUCCACUUCUCCAAGAACUCGGCCUCGAGUGAUCUUGCGCGCGCGCGUGGAAGUUAAGCGAUUGCCAUGUCAUUGUCAGGUGCAUGCAGCCGCCGUGGUGGUGGCAGGUUCCAGUUGCCGCGGCGGCGGCGGCCGCCGGUGGUGGACGUCGGCUGCAACUGCCGCACGCCGAGGCUGCUCAGCUCCCUCAUCUCCUCGCUCAAGUCCCACGCGCGCGGCGUUGUCGGCGGCGGCAACUUCAAGUCUCCGCACCCCUCCUCGUCGCGGUCGUCAUUGACCACCACGGCCUUCACGUCGUCCACCACAACCAUGGCCACCUCCGCAUCGUCGGUCGACCAUUCGUCGUGGGGCCCCGCGACGUACUCCGUCGCUAGCACCCUCUACGAGGAUGAGGCCGAGGCGAGGCGUCAGAGGCAGCGGCGGAGGAGGAGGAGGCGAUACGAGAGGGAGCAGGCGAGGAGGGAGGAGACGGCCGUGGCGGUGGAGGUGGAGUCGUCGGCGCCGUACGAGGACUUCCGGGAGUCGAUGGUGGCGAUGGUGACGGAGAAGGAGAUGUACGCGUGGGAGGACCUGAACGAGCUGCUGCACCAGUUCCUGGCACUCAACUCGCCGCGCCACCACCCGCUCAUCCUCACCGCCUUCGCCGACCUCUGGGCGCCCCGCGGCGGCCUCUUCUGCCCUCCCUCCCCCUGCCUCCUCUGAACUCAUCGCGCGUUCCUCCCUACCUUAGCCAGUAGCUAGGCUCGCCGGGAUGAUAUUGGAAUGCAUUGCGCUACAAAGCUAAAGCUUGUAAUCAAAAUGCUAUUAUCACUAGUAUUGUUAU